GAAAAAACAAUGUCUCAGUCGAAAUGGGAACAAAUCUCGGCCAAAGCAAGACAAAAAGUCCUGGACGAUAUUCCCGCAGAGUGGAAAAUCCCUCAGGAGAAAUUGCCUGGAGAUGAUAUCCGCGAUGUGACUGGUGUGGCAGCAUCCAGUGGAAUUUUGAGUGAACGGGAGCUCGCCAUUACAGAUUCUCUGGCGACGGAGAUUGUAGCCAAAGUUGGCACGGGAGAAUGGAAAGCAGAAGAGGUGACGGUUGCAUUCUGCAAAAGAGCAGCUCUCGCCCAUCAAGUGACCAACUGUCUCACCGUCAUCAUGUUCUCCGACGCCAUCAAACGCGCCCAAGAACUCGAUCUCGAAUUCCACCGCACCGGAAAACCCAUCGGUCCUCUCCACGGCCUCCCCAUCUCUCUCAAAGACAAUUUCAACAUCACAGGCUACCCUUCCUCCGUCGGAUUCUGCCACUGGGCCAGCGAUCCCAUGCCCCAAGACAGCACCAUCGUCAGCACCCUACUUUCCCUCGGCGCAAUCCUUUAUGUGAAAACAAAUGUCCCCACAGCAAUGAUGAUUGCGGAAACUGUCAAUAAUUGCUACGACCGUACUUUGAAUCCUCGCAACCGCGCGACUACUUCGGGAGGUUCUUCGGGAGGAGAAUCUGCUCUGAUUGCUUUUGGUGGCUCACCCUUGGGAAUCGGAACUGAUAUUGGAGGAAGUCUUCGUAUCCCUGCUGCGUGUACGGGGAUUUUUACGCUCAAACCGAGUUUUGGUCGUUUUCCGCAUUUUGAUGCUCGAUCGGCGCUGGCGGGCCAGGAGGCUGUGGCGUCUAUUCAUGGUCCCAUGGCGAGGAGUAUUGCCGAUUUGAAAUUGUAUGCACAAUCUGUUAUUGGUACGGAACCGUGGACUCGUGAUCCAAAGUGUUUGGAGAUUCCGUGGAGGGGGGCACAAGAAAAGGCAGUGGUGGAGGUGAAGCAGAAUGAGAGGAAGAAGAAGCCGAAAAUUGCCGUGUUGUGGGAUAAUGGCAUGGUGAGGCCCACACCACCCGUGACGCGAGCUUUGCGCGAAACAGUUACCAAAUUGCAAGCCAAAGGGUACGAAAUGAUAGAAUGGACAGCAGAAGAUCACGCCGAAGCAAUCGAUCUCCUGAGCAAAUUCUUUCUCGCAGAUGGAGGAAUUUCCUGCGAGAAAAUUCUCGAUCCCGUAGGUGAGCCUUGGAGACCAGAAAUGAAGGCUUAUGAAGACGCAAAAGUUGCGACCGGAUAUGAAAUUUGGCAGUGGCAGAAACAGCGUACGGCGCUGUGUAAGAGAUAUUUGGAUCGGUGGGCUGCUGUGGAUGGUUUGGAUGCUAUUUUGGGACCUACGACUCCUUAUGCCAGUCCGAAGAAUGGAGAGUUCAGACAUGUGGGCUACACGGGCGUCUUUAAUAUCUUGGAUUAUAGCGCUGUGUCGUUUCCGACGGGUAUUUAUGUGGAUAAGGAGAAGGAUGUGGUGGACUUGAGUGUGCAGGCGUACGGAGAUGUCGAUGCGCAGACGCAGAGCGAGUAUGAUGCGGAGGUCUCGCAUGGGUUGCCGAUUAGUUUGCAAUUGACGGGGAAGCGGUUGCAGGAAGAAAAGAUUUUGGCCUUGACGGAGAUGUUGUUGGAGGACUUGAAGUCGUAAUUCACUUCCGAUUACGACCGACUAUUUGCGGCUGUCGGUUGGAAUGGAUGACAGUUUGUGGGGCACGUGGGGAGGUUGAAGGGGGAGAUGUAGUUAUGGUAAUCCUUGUUGAAGAGAGAAGAU